AUGACUCACUUCACUGACAUGUCUACGAUCAUACCGCCCGAAAUGACGCAAGUCACCGCCACGGCCGUUCCUAGACUCCCACGUGACUGCGCUGAGAUUCAGACUGGUGGACUAUCCCAUCUCAGUGGGGUGUAUCCCAUCUAUCCCGAUGGAGUUGGGGAUGAUCCUCUCUUCGUUUACUGUGAUAUGGAAACGGACGGAGGUCGCUGGACGGUCUUCCAGCGUAGACAAGAUGGAUCUGUUGACUUCUUUCUUAACUGGUCCGAGUACAAACACGGUUUUGGAAACGUUUCCUCCGAGCACUGGCUCGGUAACGACAACAUCCACCGUCUUUCCCGUAAUAAGACCUACGAGCUACGGAUCGACCUAGAAGACUUCGAGGGACAAACGCGCUAUGCCGCCUACAGCAAUUUCAGUAUUACGGACGAGGUCGCAAAGUACACGCUGGCCCUUGGCAGCUAUUCCGGAGACGCAGGUGACAGUAUGUCGUAUCAUGAAGGUUAUCCGUUCAGUACACUGGACCGUGAUCAUGAUGGUUUAGGGGGACACUGCGCCGACCUGUUAAAAGGAGGCUGGUGGUACAAUGAUUGCCAUCAUGCCAACCUAAACGGCCUAUACCUGAACGGUCCAACCACACAAGCGGAGAACGCGGCCAAGGGUGUGGUAUGGUAUCACUGGCUCGGUUAUACAUACUCCCUCAAGAAGACGGAGAUGAAGCUUCGUCCGACGUAA